AUGUGGGCUGGCAGCACAUCAGGAUGCCCCAUCGAGCGUUUAGGCCCGCCGCCAAGCUCCCCAGCCUCGCUGACAUCCAGCCUUACACCUCGCACGCUCCUCACCGUGCCCGAGGAAGGAGCGCUCGAACCGGCGAAAGAACCACCGGUCAUCCACGACGACCACCAAAGGAGAGAACGGAACGUUUUUAACCCGAGGAGGAGCUCCGGUCGGUGUGUCGCAGGCGUCCAGGGAUCCAGUCCACACCAGAAUUUUGAGGAUGAGAAAGCACGAGAGGAAGUGCUCAUUCAAUCAAAACGGAUUAGGGCCGUUAAAGACAUGAGGACGGACCAAUCAGAGUUGAAGCCUCCAUUCUUCUUCCAUUCUGUUCACUUGCUUCCUGUUCCUGUGCAUUGUGGGUGACUUUCUCCAAUGGAUAGUGUGGCGACAAUUUACCAGGCCCAACGGCCAAAACAGAACGCCAGGGGGGGGUUUUCGCCCGCCAUCGGCUCGUUCCUGGGCUGGCUCGCCCUGCUGUCCGUCAUGCGGUUGCCGGCGGCGAUGGCCGACUGUUGGCUCAUCGAGGGUGAAAAGGGCUUUGUGUGGUUGGCUAUUUGUAGCAUGAACCAGCCACCCUACGAGGCCAUCCCAGCUCACAUCAACAGCACCAUAGUGGAUCUGAGGCUGAACGAGAACAAGAUCCGCUCGGUACACUACUCUUCGCUCAGCCGCUUUGGCAACCUCACUUACCUGAACCUCACCAAGAACGACAUCAGCUACGUGGAAGACGGAGCCUUCUCGGCGCAGUUCAACCUGCAGGUUCUCCAGAUGGGCUUCAACAAGAUGAGGAACCUGACGGAGGGAAUGCUGCGAGGCCUGGGCAAGCUGCAGUACCUUUACCUGCAGGCCAACCUCAUUGAGACCGUCACGCCCAACACCUUCUGGGAGUGCCCCAACAUCGAGAACAUUGACCUAUCCAUGAACAGGAUCCAGGUGUUGGAUGGUAGUUUGUUCUCAGGGCUCGCCAAGCUGACCACAUGCGAGCUGUACACCAACCCUUUCAACUGCUCCUGUGAGCUUCUGGCAUUCCUGCGCUGGCUCGCCGUCUUCCCCAACCGAACCAGCGAACGUAUGGUGUGCGACUCCCCUCAUGGCUUCUCCGGCUACAACCUGUUGAGCCCAAACCCCCGUGCGCCAGCCCAACGCAAUGCGCUGCACGUGCUUGGCCUCGUGUGCACCGAGGACGGCAGCAACUCCACUGCCUUCUACAUCAACGGCCUGCUAGAUGCCACCACGCUAUCGCCAGACUUCUCCCCAUGCGGAUUGGAUGACUGCGCAUCUGGAACGCCACCCGAUGAGGUCAUAUACCACACAAUCUUCACUGAGAUCAAUCCCAUCAUGACGCUGAAGCAGGUGCUGCACUCCAGCGCCGUUAUCACGGUAGAGAUUCCACACCCGUACCGGAAGAUGUACAUUUUGAUGCUGUACAACAACAGCUUCUUCACCGACAUCCAGAACCUUAAGUACCAGAGGCAGGACAUCGAGCUGACUAACCUGAAAGCUAACACGGACUAUACGUACUGUGUGGCCUCCAUACGCAACUCCCUGCGUUUCAACCACACUUGUUUGACCAUCUCCACGGGUCGUGGGGCCAGACCGGAAAGGAUCGCCAAUCAGUCGUCAGCCACCCACUACAUCAUGACCAUCCUUGGCUGCCUGUUUGGAAUGCUGCUCUUCCUGGGCCUGGUGGUCCAUUGCCUGAGACGGAAGAGGAUCGCGGAGGAGAAAGAGCGCAAAAUGAGCCGAAUCCAGAGGACCCUGAUAGAGCUUAAGUAUGGCGACGAAGGGGAUAUCGAGGGCGGUAGUGGUCCUGCUUCUCAGAAGCUUCCCCCCAGCGGGGACAGUCUGUCUCGGAUGCCCUACCUGUCUCAGGGCACCGACAUAGAUCCUUACCAGCUACAGGAGGUGGUAGAGACACAGGCGCACAAGCCCGCCAAGAUCAACUAUAUGGAGGUGCGAGGGUCUGGUGUGGACAGGGAGCAGGAGAUGUCACCCCAGGCCAACCCGCAGGGUUCCGUGGCCGAGAUCUCCACCAUCGCCAAGGAAGUGGACAAGGUCAACCAGAUCAUCAACAACUGCAUUGAUGCCCUCAAAUCCGAGUCUACCUCCUUCCAGCAGGGCAUCAAGUCCCCUUCCUCAGCUGGUGGGGGAUCCGUGUCUACCGCUGAGCCACAGCUUGUGCUCCUGUCCGAGCAAGGAGGAGACCGAGGUGGCGAGUUCCUCUCCCCGGUCUACAAGGGGGGCCGAGGGUACCACCAUUCCCUGCAGCGGCAUCAUAGCAUGGAAGCCCCCGUGACGUCCAAGAGGCCCAGCACCUCCUCGUCCCCCGGCUCAGCCCGUAGUCCCCGUUCGUUCCACUCAGAAGGGGCUUACCACUCCUCAGAGACUCGAUACAUUGAGAGGAGCUCACCCAGUGACCGGACUGGCGAGGAGCCGGUCCGUACGGUAAACCCGGCUGCCGCUAUUCUGCGAGCUGAGGCCCAGAGAAUCCGGCAGUACCACGAGCACCGUCAUUCGUACCCUGGCUCCCAGGAAAUGCAGCACCACCCACAGAUUAUGCAGGAGCUCCACUACCACCCCGGUGGACGUAAGCCCUCCGUCCUGGACCCACUUACCCUCGGCCGGCAGGCCAAACAGAGGGAGCUGGCCUACUCACAGCUGGCCCCCCACUAUGCUCUAUCCCCCCAGUACCACAACCUCAGCUACUGCUCCAGCCCGGAGGAGGAAGAGGAGGAGGAAGAGGAGGAAGGGCUCCUGUGCACCCCCACCUUGGGCCUGUGGGAGCGCUUCAAGCUGCACCGGAAGAGGCACCGGCAGGCGUCCAUGGAGGACGAAGGCUAUGUGGCAGCUGGGCAUGCGCUGCGCCGCAAGGUCCAGUUCGCCAAGGAUGAAGACCUGCACGACAUUUUGGACUACUGGAAGGGGGUGUCAGCCCAGCAGAAGGCCUGAGGAGCAGCGACAACAACAAUGUGGAAGACCUGUAAAUACCAAACACAAAAACCCAUAACCUGGAGCUGAAAAAUCAAAAACACAUAGGAGCAAGUGUUAUACUCAACAAAUAAAUCGUAAUUUAGAGAUUCAUUUUUUUCUAAUCUAAUGGAACUCAUAGCUCAAAUUUAUGUAGCUGUUUCUACAUUUUCAUCAGGGAGGGAGAAAAGGUCGGCACCCUGUCUGGAAAUCUCUGCUUUUUAGGAUGGUUUGUCUUCUUUUUUUGAAAACCAAAAAGAGACAGGAAGUGACUGAGGUUUUGAGGGACUUUUUAAGAGAUCUGACACAAUUGGAAUUUUCUUCAGGACGGGUCACCAGGCAAUGCUAGUGCCACCUUUCCCCUGCUCAGUACCCACAUGCGACUCACUAUUGAUGCGUUUCCACUGGAAAAAUACUGUUACUAUUUCUAGUACCUGGGUACUCCACGUAAGCCACCUCUGAUCUCAAGCAGAUUCGUCAUCACCACAUACAGUUUCCACAGCUCUAUUAAACUCCACAGUGUCCAGCUUGCUGCAGCGGCCUUCGCUCUUCUCUUGGAUAAAAUUAG